AUGGAAAAAAAAGAAUUUCGUGUGCUCAUUAAACACUGCUUUUUGAUGGGAAAAAAUACCGUCGAAGCAAAACAGUGGUUGGACGAUCAUUAUGGCACCUCUGCACCAGGCAAAUCAACAGUGAUCGACUGGUAUGCUGAUUUUAAACGCGGUCGUACGGACACCAACGAUGCACACCGCUCUGGUCGCCCAAAUGAGGCAGUUGUUCCCGAAAAAAUCAAGCAGGUCCAUAAAUUGGUUUUGGCCGACCGUAAAUUGAAGGUGGAUGAUAUUGCUGACAUCGUAAAGAUAUCAAAGGGAAGUGUUUUCACCAUUUUACACGACCAUUUGUCGAUGCGGAAGCUAUGUUCGAAUUGGGUGCCGCGUUUGCUGACUGUGGACCAAAAACAGCAACGUCUCGAUGAUUCCGAGAGCUGUUUGGCCAUGUUUCAGAAGAAUCGGAAGGAUUUUUUGCGUCGGUAUGUAACCAUGGACGAAACAUGGAUCCACCACAUCACACCCGAGUCGAAUCGGCAGUCAGCUGAGUGGACUGCAGACGGUGAAAGCCGCCCAAAGCGACCAAAAACUCAAACGUCGGCCGGCAAGGUUAUGGCGUCGGUCUUUUGGGAUGCCCAUGGUAUUCUUUUCGUUGACUACCUUCAAAAGGGUGGGCGCAUCAAUAGCGAAUAUUACAUGGCACUACUGACGCGUUUGAAGGCCGAAAUCGAUAAUGCACCGUGUCACAAGUCGAUGGCAACGAUGGUUAAAUUGAACGAGUUGGGCUUCGAGCUGCUCCCCCACCCACCGUAUUCGCCAGAUUUGGCCCCCAGCGACUAUUUCUUAUUCGCUGAGCUCAAAAAAAUGCUCGCAGGCAAGAAAUUUCGAUCGGAUGAGGAGGUCAUCGCCGAAACUAAUGCGUAUUUUGAGGGUCAGCCAAAAUCGUUCUACAAAACUGGCAUCGAACGUUUGGAAAGGCGUUGGACUGACUGUAUAGCCUAA